AUGACUACCAGUUCUCUCGUUAGCCAUGAUGAUUAUGGCGUUCAACAUCUUGACCAGUGGGUCGAUACAUCACAAUAUGCACCAACACCUGGCAACUUUCGUUGGUCAUCCGCCUCCCCUUCCGACAUAAGCUGCCGUAACGUCGAUCCCGUCUCCCCUGUUGAUUCCGCCUCUCCAAAACAAACUGCUUCACAAAAGAACGGUCUUCCAUUACUCCAGUACGGUGAUUGGGAGGAAGGUCGAACAUACGACGAGGAUCCACCGACUUGUAUCCACUAUUUGAUCGAGUGGAAGAUCACUCUCAAUAACAGGACGGUGGCGAAAGAUACAGAACAAGAUCUGGUUCUAGCCCCUCGGUAUCACUGGAGACUUUUUUUGCAACCAAAGCUAAAGGAGCUACUUGUACGAAAGUAUCCGUAUCGAAAACUUGAAUCGGAUGACACGUCUAUUGUCGUAUCCGCCACUCGGCAGAAAGGCUUCACUCUGAGAUUUGAUGGAACCGACAUUAAUUGGGCCUCUAUAGAAAAACAGCUUUUGGAUUGGGGAGACCUUUUUCUUGCUGGCAAGAAACUGAGACUGGUUAUCUCAUUCAAUUAUAUGGAGAACACUUCGGCCUCAAACGUAAGCGGCAGGACGACUGAUAAACGAGGCACUUCAUCUGCUACCCAGCGGAUGCUUCAAGAACGAGACCGACAGAUCUAUGCCGAGGAAGCAGCUUCUGGAGAGCCACCUGCCUGGAAAGAGGUAUAUGCUUUAAUGCGCUGUCCUGGGUCCUGCGAACUGGGCCCGCACUGUUGGCAGGAUCCUUAUGGGAAAAAACACUAUAAACUCUACCGGGAUCAGCUGGAGAGCUUGGUGAAAUAUGUGCAAAGCGGUGGGAUUUUACAGUCGCAUGACGAUGUACCUGGAAUGAUUCGUGAGCAAAUCUAUAGAGCAGAGAGACAACGGCUCGACAGACCGCGGGCCAAUAAUCGAUCUACCGCCGAAGCAAGCUACCCUCCCAUUACUAUCACAAAUGUGCUUCCCACACAAGCUCCGCAAGCACCGGGGUGGUCAACAUCCACACUUCCAGAGGACACUACUGCGUCUUCGGUCGAGGUUCCUGCCAUCCAAAUCCCAGGCCUUCUUGAUGUUGCUGUGAGAGAAUACAGCAGCUGGCAGCAGUCACGUUUGGGGGAUGAGGCAUUGAAAGCCGAGGUCAGGAAGGCGUGCGAUGUAGCCCUAGAUGAUGGACUAGACUUGGCGCAGAUUGAUGAAGACAAAGAUCCCAAUUAUUUCAAGGCGCGUGGUGUCAAGUGGGUUGACCAACCUGUCAACUCUCACGGCGGCGCAUCCGCCUUUAUCGAUGACUACUUCCGGUGGCGAGUAGGACGCUCAGCCGAAGAGAACCUCACCAAGAUUCAAUCGGAAGACGUUCCCCGCAUUGAGGCAUGGGCCCGUCGAACUGGGUCUUGCUUCGCAGCCGAGAAAACCGAACUGAUUCACAUUACCAGGAAAAGACGCGAACAGCUUCAGGGUCAAGUCGUUAUGAACGGGAAAACAAUCGAACCGUCGCCCACGGCCAAGCUGCUGGGGGUGGUGUUCGACCAGGAACUUCGCUGGAAGGAACACGUCCAGCAAGCGAUCAACCGCGCAACCAAGGUCAGUAUUGCUUUGGGUGGGCUGCGGCAUCUACGCCCAGAACAGAUGCGACAGCUCUACCAAGCCUGCGUAACGCCGGUCAUGGACUACGCGUCGACGGUCUGGCACGAUCCUUUGCGAGACAAGACUCACCUACGACACUUAAACACAGUCCAGAGAACCGCAUUGAUCCGCAUCUUAUCAGCUUUCAGGACAGUAGCCACCACGACUCUGGAAGUAGAGGCACACGUUCUGCCAACGCACCUGCGCCUCCGCCACCGAGCCCAGAACACCAUCACAAGCCUUCACACUCUGCCGCGCGAUCAUCCUAUUUGGGAUGCACUACGGCGAGCCCAGAAACGGAGGAACAACAUCGGGUCGUACGCUCGUUUCCCACUGGCGGAAGCCCUGAAGACCAUGAACCUAGAAAGAUUAGACGAACUAGAGACGAUCGAUCCACGACCGCUACCGCCGUGGCGCGCCGAGUCCUUCACGGAGAUUGAGAUCGGGUCAGACCGAGAGACGGCAAGAGAACGGGCUGAGACUGUGCGGUCCUCAUCCGCCAUCGUGGUCUACUCUGAUGCAUCGGGACGUGAAGGCCACCUGGGCGCCGCUGCCGUAGCACUCGACAAUAACCUGCAGGUUAUCGAAUCCCAACAGGUCCAAGUGGGACCGAUGGACCGGUGGUCGGUUCACGUAGCAGAGCUGAUAGGUAUUUUCUACGCUGUCAGUGCAGUGUUCAAGAUCAGCCAUCAGCGGCCAAGAAAGGAACAUGAUGGAACAACAACGGCAACGAUCCUCUGCGACAGCCGAUCAGCGCUGCAAGCAAUCCAGAACCCAGGAAACAAAUCAGGACAGCGCAUCAACCACGCGAUCCUCCAGGCAGCCGCAGAGGUUCAAGCAAAGGGAAUUGCGCUCCGUCUCCAAUGGAUACCCGGACACUGCGACAACGCGGGGAACGACGCAGCAGAUCGGCUGGCCAAGGACGCGGCAAGCCCGGGCAAAACACACCCCUUUCGCCCGUUGCUGACAAGGAAGAGGGCGCUUAUCCGAGACACCAUCCGCGCUCAGUGGGAGCGGGAGUGGAGAACAUCUACCAAAGGCGGUCACCUGCGAAAAAUUGAUAGCACCCUACCGGCGGCCUACACCAGGAAGCUGUAUGGGAAUUUGCCCAGGGGCCGGGCGUACCUGCUGACACAGCUACGCACGGGCCAUAAUUGGUUAUCCACCUAUGCCAAGACCUUCGGCUUCCGCGACAAUGAUCAGUGCGUGUGCGGCGCGCAAGAAACAGUCACCCACGUGCUGGUGGACUGCCCAAAUCUGAGGGAAAUUCGACGGAAGUUAAGGAGUGAAGCAGGGGACGCGUUCAACAGCGUAUCGAGUCUGCUGGGAGGCUCAACUGAAGGUGAGAGAGGUAAACCAGACACCGUCUCGCGGGCUACGACGGUCAAAGCCGUCCUGGACUUCGCUGAGGCGUCACAACGAUUCCAAAGUCGCGCCCCAUGA